CGAUCGAAAUAAAACCCAUUAAACAGGACCAGUAAUAUUCACAUUAGUAGUAUUUUGAAGUUUCGAAUAAGACUUUUGUUACUCAAGUCUUUACCAGUUUUAUCCACUGGGUGUCACUGUAUAAUAGUGAGACCAAAACCAUAUUUAUCCCACCCCUCAGAGCCAUUGUUUGUCCUCUAUGCGAAGAAAGAAGUCAUUUUUUCGGCACACGGGCGGUUGAUAUCAAGUCUGUGUUCUUUAAAUAUGGAAUAAGGACUGACAUACGUGUAUUUGAUUGUUGUUACUUCCUUGAGACGUACAUUUUGUACAGGGAUGGAACCGGGUGGAAAGCUGAGGAACUGCUCCGGGUGCCUGUGGUUUUUAGCGCUACAGCUGCUUUUCGGAAAAUAUGUUUUUGCGCAAAUACGAUACUCUAUUCCCGAGGAGGUCAAGGGUGGAACAGUUGUUGGAAAUGCUGCGAAGGAUCUUGGUUUGGACAUCACUUCGUUGACUGAUCGUCGGUUUCGUGUCGUGUCUGAUAGUAAGGACGCUAUUUUCGACGUACAUCAGAAUAAUGGAGCUCUGUAUGUCAGUGGCCACAUCGACAGAGAGCAGCUCUGUCAAGGCAGCGGCGCUUGCCUAAUAGAGCUCAAAAUCCUUGUAGAAAACCCUCUCGAAAUUCAUUACGUAGUUGUAGAAAUUACUGAUGUGAACGAUCAUUCUCCCAGUUUCACAGAAAAGGAGCAGACAUUUGAAAUAGCAGAGCACACGUUGCCAGGCAAGCGAUUUCAACUGCACACUGCUUAUGACCCCGACGCUGGAGUAAAUUCAAUUCGUACGUACACGUUGACUUCGAAUGAACACUUCGAAAUAAAUGUCCGUCAAAACGAUGCAGGAAAAAUACCAUUUUUGGUGCUUAGAAAGAUGUUAGACAGAGAACAAAGGAAAACACACACGCUACUGGUUACUGCCAUCGACGGAGGCAAACCUCCACGAUCAGGCACGCUGAAUGUCACGAUUAUUGUACUUGAUAGUAAUGAUAACCGCCCAGUAUUUAGUCAGGAGGCCUACGAAAUUUCGAUCCAGGAGAAUGUUCCUCUAGGUACCUCUGUGUUGAAAAUUAAUGCCACAGAUGCAGACGGGGGCAGUAAUGGAGAAGUUGAGUACAGACUUGGGAAAACCCUGUUGCGACAGAUGUAUGAUAUUUUUGAAUUGGACAGAUUUUCUGGCGAGAUUAGAAUAAAGGGUCCAGUAGACUAUGAAGAAAGGGAUCUAUACGAAUUAGAUGUGGAGGCGUCCGAUAAAGGAACCCCUCCACUGACAGGCGAGUGCAGGAUUAUUAUAAAAAUAAAUGACAUUAAUGAUAAUGCGCCAGAAAUAGAAGUGACAUCUCUGUCAAAUACAGUGUCAGAAGACUCAAAGCCCGGUACAGUUAUUUCACUUCUGAGUGUUCGGGACAAAGAUUCUGGAGUUAAUGGAAAAAUAAUUUCACAAAUUAUGAACGACGUUCCCUUCGAGUUAAAACCCUCCUAUAAAGAGAACACGUACGCUGUCGUUACAAAGGAAUAUUUGGAUCGAGAGGUGGUGCCAUACUAUGACAUCACAAUAAAAGCUACUGACUGUGGUGAAUCUCCUUUGUCAACUUUUAAAACGCUGAACAUUCAGAUAUCAGAUGUCAACGAUAACAGUCCACAAUUUCAACAAACUUCUUUAGAAUUUUAUCUCACUGAAAACAAUGUUGCUGGAAAAUCAAUAUGUUCUGUAAGCGCAACAGACAAAGACUUAAAUGAUAACGCAGCUGUUUCUUAUGACAUCAUGAGAGAGGGGAAGCAGAAUGACGUAACGUCGUUUCUCAGUAUCAAUUCAGAGACAGGUCAUAUUUCUUCUCUGAAAAGUUUUGAUUUUGAAACAUUGAAAACUUUCCAGUUCCACGUGGUGGCGUCAGAUUCAGGAAGUCCGUCACUGAGCAGCAACGUCACAGUGAACGUGUUCAUUCUGGAUCAGAACGACAAUCCUCCAGUCAUUCUGUAUCCACUCAGCUCUAAUGGUUCUGCUGAAGGUGUGGAGGAGAUUCCCCGCAAUGUGGACGCAGGACACUUGGUGACUAAAGUCAGAGCCUAUGAUCCUGAUAUAGGAUAUAACGGCUGGUUACUGUUUUCACUGCAGGAAGUUUCUGACCACAGUCUGUUUAAUUUGGACCGAUAUACAGGACAGAUCAAAACACUUCGUCCAUUCACAGAGACAGACGAGGCUGAGCAUAAACUGGUCAUACUGGUGAAAGACAAUGGGAACGUUUCACUGUCAGCAACAGCUACUGUGAUUGUCAAAGUUGUGGAGCCCAAAGAAGCUUUUGCAGCUUCUGAUGUGAAAAGUUCAACCAAAGCAGAUGAGGACAAUGAUGUGACUUUUUACCUGAUGAUAACUUUGGCCUCAGUUUCUGCUCUUUUUCUCAUCAGUAUCAUUGUGCUGAUUGCAAUGCAGUGCUCCAAGUCCACAGACUAUACUUCUAAAUAUCUACCAGAGCCAAACUAUGAUGGAACAUUGUGUCACAGCAUCCAGUACAGAUCUGGAGACAAACGGUACAUGUUAGUUGGACCCAGGAUGAGUAUUGGAUCUACUAUAGUCCCAGGAAGUCAUGCAAAUACUCUGGUCCUCCCUGAUAGAAGAAAAGCAGCUGAUGAGGUAAGAAGUUGUUUUUAGGUAUUCAAAUUUGGUACGAUCAUCUAUUUGUUUACUCCUUUGACUCAAACAUG